AUGAAGGAGAAGUCCAAGAACGCGGCCCGGACCCGGCGGGAAAAGGAGAACAGCGAGUUUUACGAACUGGCCAAACUGCUGCCGCUGCCCUCCGCCAUCACCUCCCAGCUGGACAAAGCCUCCAUCAUCCGGCUGACCACCAGCUACCUGAGGAUGAGGGUGGUGUUCCCGGAAGGCCUCGGGGAGUCCUGGGGUCACGUGAGCCGCAGCAGCUCUCUGGACGGAGUGAGCCAGGAACUGGGUUCUCAUCUCCUACAGACGUUGGAUGGUUUCAUUUUUGUGGUGGCCCCAGACGGGAAAAUCAUGUACAUAUCAGAAACAGCAUCCGUGCACCUGGGUCUGUCACAGGUGGAGCUGACGGGCAACAGCAUUUAUGAAUACAUCCAUCCGGCUGACCACGAUGAGAUGACGGCCGUCCUCACCGCGCACCAGCCCUACCACUCACACUUUGUCCAAGAAUACGAGAUGGAGCGCUCCUUCUUUCUGAGAAUGAAGUGUGUCCUGGCUAAAAGAAAUGCUGGUCUUACCUGUGGAGGCUACAAGGUGAUCCACUGCAGCGGCUACCUGAAGAUCCGCCAGUACAGUCUGGACAUGUCUCCGUUUGACGGCUGCUACCAGAACAUCGGGCUGGUGGCCGUGGGUCACUCACUGCCGCCCAGCGCCGUCACAGAGAUCAAACUGCACAGCAACAUGUUCAUGUUCAGAGCCAGCCUGGACAUGAAGCUCAUCUUCCUGGAUUCAAGGGUUGCUGACCUGACUGGCUAUGAGCCUCAGGAUCUAAUAGAGAAGACGCUCUAUCAUCAUGUCCACAGCUGUGACUGCUUCCACCUGCGAUGUGCACAUAAUUUAUUGUUGGUUAAAGGGCAGGUCACCACAAAGUACUACCGGUUUUUGGCCAAGCAUGGUGGCUGGGUGUGGGUUCAGAGCUAUGCAACCAUUGUACACAACAGCCGUUCAUCCCGACCCCACUGCAUCGUCAGUGUCAACUACGUUCUCACGGAGACAGAAUAUAAAGGCCUCCAGCUCUCUUUGGACCAGGCCACCUCUAAGGCCUCUUUCCCCUACAGCGGCAGCUGCCCCAGCGGCCUGAUGGAAAACUCUAGAACCCCCCGGAGCAGAGCGCCCCGGCCGAGGACCAAAGCUCGGCACUCGCCCUACACACAGUAUCCCAGCUUCCCCGCAGAGCGCUCGGAGUCUGACCAGGACAGUCCGUGGGGCAGCAGCCCCCUCACGGACUCUGCCUCCCCCCAGCUGGAUCAGAGCGAGGCGGGGGAGGGGCUGUUCGGCUACCGCCCCCUCUGCCACGGCCUGGCCCAGGACCAGCCCCCCCACACGCACGGCGAGCGGCAGAGCUGCCAGCGGGCACGCUGCGAGGCGGGGAGCAGAGACUUGUGGUGGGACCCUGCGCGGGCCUUCGGCCCCCUGAGUAAGAGCUCUCUGGAGAGCAGCACGCCCGGGCUCACAGCCAUCCACAGCUUCCACGGGCCAGGCCUCGGGGACGGAGACAGCGUGGUCAGCUCUCCAGACGGAGGGUCAGCCAGCGACUCGGGGGACCGCUACCGGGCCGAGGAGCCCAGUAAGAUCGAGACUCUGAUCAGAGCCACGCAGCAGAUGAUCAAGGAGGAGCAGAGCCGGCUGCAGGGGUCAGCCAGCGGGCUGCCCAAGGGUCCGGCCCCCUGCUUCUCAGCGGACUACGCCCCGGGCCCCCUGCCGCUGCAGACCAUGGUGUGCCGGGGGUUCGGUCAGGUGGUCAGUCCCGCGGCCAGCCCCGCCCCCCUGUGCAGGCUGAGCAGUCCGCACAGGCCUAAAGACUCCGCCCACGCUGACCUGUCCCCGCUGCCCUUACAGUUUCACCACGCUUUCGGGCGGCCGGGCGCGUGCUCGGCGUCCCCGACGCCGGCCCCAGCCCUCUACCCCCCCCACGGCCACCCGCGGCCCUACCUGGACAAACACGCCACCUAUUCCCUGACGGGUUACACCCUGGAGCACCUGUAUGACCCGGAGAGCCUGCGGAGCUACUGCAGCUCUGCCAGCACUGGCCCCGCCCACUACGACCACUACAGGGUCCCAGUGGAGCAGAGCCCCGCCCACAAAGGCACCUCCAUCAUCAUCACCAACAGCAGCUAA